GAGGUGGACUUCACUCUGUCCUUCGAGGUUGGGGAGCACAUUGCUCCUGAGGCUGAGGAAGCCUUCCUCCGCACACUCCGGCAAGCCCGCGAGGGCAUUGUCCUCGCGUGGGCAACGCCUGGACAGGCGGGACAUGGCCACGUGAACGGGCGAUGGCAAAGAUACCUGAUCCGCGAGCUGGAGCAGGGCCACACGCGCUACUGCCUGGCCUUGUCGCACCAGCUUGCGCAGG